AUGGACUCUCCUGAUCCUCUUCCUAGGCCCUUCAGCCUCGCCCGCCAGCAGCUCCGUCGUCAAGAAUCAGAACGGCUACUACCGCUACACCGUGCUCCGGAUAGUUGUCUAGAAGACCGGCGUGCAGAUCUACCUGUUUAUUUCACCAUCCAUAGAAUACGAAGAGAUGUCAUUGCAGCGAUUGAUGAUCCAUACAGUAUUGAGCAGCUUCGAGAUCCACGAAUGAAUUUGACAGUUGUUCGGCCGCUUGUUGACAGAUACUAUGCAUUGAACGAUGUCUCCAUGGUUUACUGCCUCCUGGUAAAUAGGACUCAUUUUCAAAGGGAGCAAUUGACACAGGGACAUCAACAAAGUGUUUGCAGCACUCGUGCUUUACUUUGUGAACUUCUUGCCAAUCGGAUUCUCAGGCGCUUCCACGAAGACAAUAACGGUGCACAAGGCUUGUUGCUACUUUCUCGGAUCCUGGUUGGAGGCUUUGACCCGUUCCAAGGUGCUCCGUCCCAUAUCGUGGCCGAGAAUAGUCAAUUUUCAUGGGCGAUACAGACGAGGACUGGAUAUAGACGAAAGCUGCCAGCUCUUGAAAUUGCCAUUAUUUCCGAGAGUAAAAUAUUCCUUAGCUCAUCAGCUUGCCAAAUGGUCGUGGCCGCGAUAUACGAAGGCCGAGUGAUAUAUACGCCAACAUCUUUCAUCGACAUACUACCAGACCAUUACAAGCAAAAGCCAAUCGAAUUGUACAAUCCACGUAAAGCACAUGUCUUCAAUCAAUAUCGUCUCGUCGUCCCGCGGACGAGAAACGUCCUAGAAGUUGCUCAAUUCAUUGUGCUUUUAUUCUUGUUCUUGUUCGUUAUGGUGAACAGAGAUCCAAGUACAUUGCGAGGCGUGGAGCUGGCAUUCAUCAUCUACACACUCGGCUGGGUCCUUGAUCAAAUUGCAAGCAUACUUGAACACGGCUGGAAUGUAUAUACCCAGAAUCUUUGGUCUUUCCUCGAUGUAGCUUUCUCGGCAAUAUUCGGCAUUUAUUUGGUUCUUCGUAUACAUGGUUGGCGAACAAGGAAGUUUGGGCCGGCGCAACAAGCCAUGGAUGUUUUAGCAUUGGGGGCACCUGUAUUGAUUCCUCGGCUCGCGUUCAAUCUCAUGUCCGAAAACAUGCUUUUCGUCUCCCUCCGCGCGAUGAUGAGGAACUUCACUGUCUUGACCAUUCUAGCCUGCUGGUGCUUUGCCGGGUUCCUCCUCUCCAUGACAUGGCUGAGCAACGGUGUACACGAGCCAAUCACCAUAUCGAAAUGGAUGUUGUGGGUGUGGUUUGGUCUGGACGGCACUGGAAUACAGCGAUCAGUCGAUUUCCAUUGGCUUCUUGGCCCAGUCCUUAUGGUAGCCUUUGCAUUUCUAGGGAAUACACUUUUCCUUACGAUCCUGGUGUCCAUGCUCAGUACAACAUUUUCGACAAUCGUGUCUAAUGCUACGGCAGAGAUCCAAUUUCGACGAGCAGUACUAACCCUCGAAGGCGUCAAAUCAGAUGCAAUCUUCGCCUAUCAACCACCGUUUAAUAUUCUGGCGCUAUUCCUCCUUACGCCCCUUACGUACAUUCUUACCCCUCGAUGGUUUCACAAGGUCAAUGUCGCAGCUGUUCGAAUAAUCAAUGCACCUCUGCUAUUAGUAAUCAGCGUUGUUGAGAGACGUUGUCUCUGGAGUGUGCAUGGGGGUGGGCACGAUGAAGCAUUAUCGAAGUCGAAAGGUCGACCCACUUUACGGGGGUUCUCCAGGGGGUUCUCUGUCCACGGAGAUAUACAGGCGGUCUUCGACGUAGUGGCCCCCGAGUCAAUAGAGGGCGAAGCGCCAAAUGAAAGCGAUCCUGACAGUGAUGUCUUCGAGGAAGCAUUCGUAAGAAAGUUUGGGCAAGAAGCGACAUCUAAAAGUAGAAGCGGGAUAGGCAAGAGUAGAAGGGACUCAGUGGCGCCAUUUGGUAUGUUUGGUGAUUGCAUCAUGGACAUGUUGAGUGAAGAAGACGAAGAUGGGGAGGGCAAUGAUGCAUUGGCAAGGCUGGCAAAAUUGGAGAAAGCGACUUUUAGGAUCGAGAAGAUGCUGGAAAAACAUGUGUGGAGGGGCGAAUAG